CCAGGUCCACCAGUCUGGAUCACGCUUCUGUCGAGUGUAGCCCCCAUGCAAUUGGGUCCCCAUGGUGAAAUCUCGACAAUCAGGGCCCGUGGACUCAAAUGUGCCUUUCCCCUUGAAGCUUCUCAGACCAUCUGUAUCGAUUGUAUCAAUCUCCCUUUUUCUCUUGCAGCACCAAAAUCCCUCCGCACUACAAGAUUCUAAGACCCGUGCAUGGUUUCACUAGAACCGUGCUUUGAUGUCUUCAUUAUUUCUUCCAUCUUAUCUUCCCCAUCCGGCACAAUCGGGCACGCUUGGUGGUUGUCUAGCAUGGAAAUUUGAGUUCCGAGGUUGAAACUUUCCCGUUUAAGUUGUCUUUGUAUCUCCUGACAUGAAGAACUUCUGCAUCGCAGAGUGAACAGGCAGAUAUAAUUGAUCUCAGAGCUAUGACGAGCAGCUAGAUGAUCUGAUCCGAGAGGAAACGAGCUUCAUCAUGGCGGCCCCAGCCUCGUUGGAUGGUGUUCAAGAUUUCUGGAGCAGCAGGAGUUCAGAGAGGUCCUUCCGCAGAGGGUUCUCUACGAGCUGGGGCAUUGGUCCUGACAAUAUAUUCGGGCGGAGCUCUGCACUUUCAAGACGUACAGAGAGCGACGAUGAAGAAGCCCUCAGGUGGGCAGCUCUUGAGAAGUUGCCAACCCUAGACCGGCUCCAUACCACCAUUCUGCAGAAGCAGGUGAGUGGUAGAAUUAUCCACGAAGAGGUCGAUGUGCGGCGCAUGGGCUUUGUUGAGCGGCAGCAGAUAAUUGACAGACUUCUCAAGGUCACGGAGGAGGACAACGACAGGUUCCUCAAGAAAUUACGCGCCCGCAUUGAUAGAGUUGCCAUCAAGCUUCCCACCAUUGAGGUUAGGUAUGAAAAUUUGACGGUAUGUGCAACGUGUUUCUUCGGGGGGCGCACUUUACCGAUCCUAAGAAAUUCCACGCUCAACUUUCUUGAGGCUGCGCUUGACGCUACAGGGCUUACGAAAACCAGAAAGACGACUCUCAACAUUCUCCACGGCAUCAGUGGUAUCAUUAAACCAGCGAGGAUGACAUUGCUCCUCGGUCCUCCAGGAUCAGGGAAGACAACCUUGCUUCUUGCUCUAGCCGGAAAGCUUAACUCGGAUCUGAAAGCAAUGGGAAAGAUCGCUUACAACGGCCAUACUCUUGACGAAUUUGUGCCUCAGAAAACUGCUGUGUAUAUCAGCCAGAAUGACCUGCACGUGGGCGAAAUGACGGUGCGAGAGACCCUCGACUUUUCGGCUCGUUGCCAGGGCGCCGGAACUCGCCACGAUAUGCUUGUGGAAUUGGCCAGACGAGAGAAGGAGGCUGGCAUUUAUCCAGAACAUGACGUGGAUGUCUACAUGAAGGCAAUUGCCGUCGAAGGCCAGGAACACAACCUCCUCACCGACUACAUUAUGAAGAUUUUGGGGCUAGACGUCUGCGCGAACACGAUGGUCGGAGACAGCAUGCACCGGGGGAUUUCUGGUGGUCAGAGGAAACGUGUGACAACAGGCGAAAUGCUUGUGGGACCAACAGACGCACUGUUUAUGGACGAAAUUUCCACAGGGCUUGAUAGCUCCACAACAUACCAAAUCGUGAAAUGCAUACGCCAAUUAUGUCAUGUGAUGGAGUCCACCAUUUUCAUGUCGCUCUUGCAACCUGCUCCGGAAACUUUCGAGCUCUUCGAUGACGUUGUGUUAUUAUCCGAGGGGCUAGUUGUCUACCAUGGGCCUUGCGAACAUGUUCUAGAAUUUUUCGAGGGGUGCGGGUUUCAGUGUCCAGAGCGGAAGGGCAUUGCUGAUUUCUUGCAAGAAGUGACAUCCAUCAAGGAUCAGGAGCAAUAUUGGCACGACAAGAGUCGCCCCUAUACAUUUGUUUCAGUGAAACAAUUCUCCGAUCAUUUCAAGUCAUUCCACGUUGGGCAGAAGUUGGUACAGGAGCUCGCUGUCCCCUUCGACAAGCAACAAAGCCACAAAGCUGCCCUCAAGUUGGACAAAUACUCCGUGGGCCGCUAUGAGCUCUUCAAGUCGAACUUCGCCAAGGAAUGGCUGCUAAUGAAGCGCAACUCAUUCGUAUACGUUUUCAAGACAAUCCAAAUCGGAAUUGUGGGGUUGAUAUCGAUGUCCGUGUUCUUCAGGUCGACUUUGAGUCAGAACUCGGAGGAAGACGGGCUCCACUACAUGGGCGCCAUCUUCUUCGGCAACGUGAUCAUCAUGUUCAAUGGCUACGCUGAGCUCUCACUCACGCUUGACCGUCUCCCGGUGUUCUAUAAGCAACGGGACCUAAUGUUCUUCCCUGCAUGGGCAUAUGCCUUGCCCACCUUGGUGCUGAGUUUGCCGUCAUCCAUUGUGGAAGCAGGAAUCUACUCCAUCCUAACCUAUUAUGAAAUUGGCUACGCUCCCGGAGUUGUCAGGUUUUUCAAGUACUACUUGACAUUGUUUCUUGUGCACCAAAUGGCGGGCGCAAUGUUUCGCAUGAUUGCCGGAAUAUUUCGCACUAUGGUGCUGGCCGCCACAGGAGGCACAUUCCUCUUGCUCAUCAUCUUCAUGUUGGGGGGGUUCAUCCUACCCCGCUCAGAAAUUCAUCCCUGGUGGAUCUGGGGCUACUGGAUCUCCCCGCUAAAUUACGCACAAAGCUCCCUGAGCGUCAACGAAUUUCUCGCACCGCGCUGGAGCAAGCCUGUUGACGGCACAAUGCACACGCUAGGGAGGGCAAUUCUCGAGAAAAGGGGGAUGAUAGCACACAAUUACUACUAUUGGGUUGGAGUGGGUGCCUUGGUGGUCUCCACAUUCCUCUUCAACAUCGUGUACUCCAUCACCCUCUCCUACUUGAGCCCGCUCGAGCAGUCGCAAGCAACCAUUUCAGAAGAGGCCUUGGCAGAGAAACAAGCAAAUCUUCUGGGUACGAAACCAUUGCUCUCGGGACGAAACAGUAGCAAGUCCCGGAGCAGAACCAAAGAUCCAACUGUGGCUUCCAAAGUGAAACAAAACCCCUAUGCAUCUAACGACACGAAUGGGUCAAAAAUCGAAACAGAGACUUCAGAACUGAAUGCCUUUGUAAAAGAGGGUGAUGGAUUGAACGCACGCCCCCAGAGCGUGAAAAAGGGGAUGAUAUUACCGUUCCGGCCGCUGUCGAUUUCCUUUGACUCCAUUAGGUAUUAUGUCGACAUGCCUGCGGAGAUGAUGAGUCAGACAACCGAGACUAGACUACAGCUCUUGCAUGGAAUUACAGGGGCUUUCAGACCAGGAGUUUUGACAGCGCUCGUGGGAGUGAGCGGCGCAGGGAAGACUACUCUCAUGGAUGUGCUGGCGGGAAGGAAAACAGGCGGCUACAUCAAGGGUGACAUUAGAAUCUCUGGGUACCUGAAGAAACAAAAAACAUUUGCUCGAAUUGCAGGGUACUGCGAGCAAAAUGACAUUCAUUCGCCACAAAUGACUGUGCGGGAGUCGCUUGUGUUCUCCGCUUGGUUGCGGCUGCCAGCGGACAUCAACAACGAGAUGCGUGAGCAAUUUGUAGACGAAGUUAUCGAUCUCGUGGAGCUGAAUUCCUUGGAAAGUGCUUUGGUGGGACUGCCGGGUGUUACUGGCCUGUCAACGGAGCAACGGAAGCGUCUCACUAUCGCCGUGGAGUUAGUAGCGAACCCUUCUAUCAUCUUCAUGGAUGAACCCACAAGUGGACUUGACGCCCGCGCUGCUGCCAUUGUGAUGCGCACUGUACGCAAUAUUGUUGACACCGGCCGCACUGCCGUGUGCACCAUACAUCAACCCAGUAUCGACAUCUUCGAAGCUUUCGAUGAGAUGCUUCUGCUAAAGCGCGGUGGGCGAACAAUCUACAUGGGACCUCUUGGUCGCCAUUCCCGCGAGCUAGUGGAUUAUUUUGAGGCCAUUCCUGGCGUUCAGAAGAUCAAGGAAGGAGUCAACCCCGCCACCUGGAUGCUUGAAGCCAGCAGUGUUUCUGUGGAGACUCAACUUGGCAUCGACUUCGCUGAAAUUUACGCAGAAUCCUCUCUAUGCCAGAGAAACAAAGCUUUGGUGCAGCAGCUCAGCACACCAGAACCGGGCACGGAAGACUUGUACUACCCAACUCAAUACUCUCAACCUUUCGUCGUACAAGUGCGAGCAUGCUUCUGGAAGCAAUGGGUGACUUACUGGCGAAGCGAGUCCUACAAUAUGGCUCGUUUCGUGUUCGCCAUCACUUCGGCAAUUCUUUUCGGCACUAUUUUCUGGAACAUGGGCAAGGAAACAUCGGAUGCGGUGAGUCUUUUGAGUCUCAUGGGGUCGAUUUAUGGUGCUGCUUUGUUCAUCGGAGUUAACAAUGCCUCCGGGGUUCAACCCGUUGUGGCAAUCGAGCGGACCAUUUUUUACCGAGAAAGAGCUGCAGGGAUGUACUCUGCAUUUCCAUACGCCAUAGCCCAGGUGCUGAUUGAGACACCCUACUGCUUCGUUCAAACUAUAAUGUAUGCCUUGAUAACCUUCUCCAUGAUCGGCUUCAAGUGGGGCUUCAUGAAGUUCUUCUGGUACACCUACGUUAUGUUCUUCACCCUCCUUUACUUCACUUACUACGGGAUGAUGGCUGUUUCUCUCACCCCUAACCACCAAGUUGCCGCUAUCAUGGCUUCUGGGUUCUAUUCCAUCUUCAACCUCUUCUCCGGAUUCGUGGUCUUCAAGCCGGAUAUUCCCAAGUGGUGGUCGUGGUACUAUUGGAUCUGUCCCACAGCCUGGACUCUAUACGGGGAGAUUCUCACUCAGUUUAGCGAUGUCACCUCACCUGUUCUACCCAUCGGGGUUAUCGACGUUCCUGAGAACUAUAUCCCCAUGCGACAGUUUCUGAAGAUGAAAUUCGGCUUCGAACGUGACAUGCAAGGCCUGGUGCUUGCAAUGCCUGUGGUCUUCACCGUCCUCUUCGCACUUGUGUUCGCUCUCGCCAUCAAGUAUUUGAACUUCCAGCAGCGAUGAUCGGUCGUGCAGGAUCACAGCAGCAACAUGGCUGGAACUAGUGACUCCAUGUCGUAGCUAGUUGUACAUGAUUCCUCACCCUGCAUGGGUUGUAUUAUUUUGACUGGUGAAUCACUCAGAGCAUGGAGAUGUUGCCACAUCUUUCGGGUACUCUCGCUGCGGAAUCUCCUGCAAAAACACUGCAUCAUUCUUUGACAAAUCAGUCGACGCUCGUGAGUGUUACCAGGCAGACCUCCGCUUAGUCGGUAUUGAUAACACGAAUGUGUAUAUUUUCCCUGAUUCUUGAACUGCUUCCAUAAUUUCUUCACGCCUUAAUAUCUAGAUUUAUUUAAAUUGCACACCUUCGUAAGAAUGUUUCAAUCAACUUGAAGGAAUAUGAUUGUUGCAACUGAUCACACACCUCA